GAGUGAAGUGGACGUGUUAUUUACGCUCUUGGAUUAUUCGCUAAAUAAUCCUAGCUUUUCAUUGUGAAAACACUAGAUUUUUUGAGUUAGGACUUACCGGAAUUCCGGACGAUCCAAGUGGAUACUAAACCCAAAGAAAUAGAUAACGAAUCAAACGUGCGCUUAUUUUUUAAUUUGCCGUUUUGCUUUGAUCAAAUCAGCUGUUCUCCGUUUUCGCUUUUUCGCUUUUCCGCUUUUUCUCCUUUUCGUCUUGCUUUUGGUUUAGGCAUUGCCAACCAUUUAUAAUAUAAGUUAGGUUUUAGCAGCAGGGACUGAACGUACUCACUAACAGGUGUACCCAAACUACUUUCUCACUGAGGUUAUGGCCUCCGAGAAUAGUAUGGGGCGUACACCAGAGAAUCCUUUUCGGAGGAAUUCUAAAAUGUUGAGAACGCCCCCAAACGGCAAAAAUGAGAAAUCCACCGCUGCUGGAUCAACAUUUAGUGAAACUGCUGAUCGGGCAAGCAAAAGUGAAGAGAAAUCACUAAAUAAUGAGCCCUCAAACUAUUUCAACAACCUGGGCUGCAAAUUAAAAGAGUUAGAAAAUAUGAUGGCUGGUCAAAGGCAUGUAAACCAGGCAAUGCGCGAUUUACUUAGUAGCAUAAUGUGCUUAUAUAGUAAAGCUGAGAAACCGGUGGAAAAAACUAUGGUAGAGAAAGCAACACAGCUUUCUCAUAUUUCCAAAGAGAUUAAUACCCCAAAGCGGCUGCGAGAAGCAUCGGGAGAGCUACCCCCUACAAAAAAGCCAAAAAAGGCUAUUGAAAAGGUGCAACAAAUGACCAGUGAGGCCACGAAAAUAAUAGAUAUCACGGGUCAACAUAACGCGUGUGAAAAAUGGGUGGAUGUUGUCAAAAAGAGAAAGCCGAUUCAGAAGAAAAUAAGAACGAAACCGGACGCCAUCAUUAUAACCAAGAAGGAAGGGUCGUCGUAUGCUGAUAUUUUACGAAAGAUAAAAAGUGACAGCGGUCUUGAAGAGUUGGGAGCAAACGUGACCUACAUAAGAAAAACAAUGAAAGGAGACCUACUGAUUGAGCUAAAAAAUCAGGCGGACAAGAGAGCCGAAUCAUUCCAAAGCGUCUUAGAGGGCGCGGUGGGUGAAAUGGCGCUAAUACAGCCAAAAACCCAUAGCGUCACAAUAGUGUGUAAGGAUUUAGAUGAAAUUACUACACCUGAAGAAAUCUGUGAGGCGCUAAAAAAAGAGUGCGAUAUCCAAAACCUGGAGAAAUCAAGCGUCAAAAGUAUGAGAAAAGUCGGGCAAAGUUAA